ACCCAGGCACACUUCGACGGGAUCAAGAACGGAGCGCCACACCGCCCCAAUAAUUUUCCUCGCGGCAACCAGUCCGGAGCUCCGCUCCUCGUCCGCUCGCUCCGCCCGUAUCCCCUCAGGCCUCGCCGGACGAGAUCUGACCCGAUCUCCGCCUCCGAGGGCCUUGCUAACCUUCCU